GCCCCUGCCCCCAGUGCCGGCUCCGGGAGCCUGGGUCCUGGGUCUGGGCUAGUGCGUCCAGGCCGGUAGCGGACUGACGGACCAGCGGGGGGGCACGAUGAUUUCUCUGCACCCAGUUCGGAACCGUUGAAGCAAGCACCAGGCCAAGAUGAGAACCAACAAAGUCUACAAGCUGGUCAUACACAAGAAGGGCUUUGGGGGCAGCGAUGAUGAGCUUGUGGUGAAUCCAAAAGUGUUCCCCCAGAUCAAGCUGGGGGACAUCGUGGAGAUUGCACAUCCCAAUGACGAGUACAGCCCUCUGCUUUUGCAGGUGAAGUCCCUUAAGGAAGACCUACAGAAAGAAACGAUCAGUGUGGACCAGACGGUGACUCAGGUGUUUCGGCUGAGACCUUACCAGGAUGUCUACGUGAAUGUUGUCGACCCCAAGGAGGUGACUCUUGACCUGGUGGAACUCACUUUUAAGGACCAGUACAUUGGGCGUGGGGAUAUGUGGAGGCUGAAAAAAAGCUUGGUCAGCACAUGCGCCUACAUCACUCAGAAGGUGGAAUUGGCAGGUAUCCGGGCCCAGGCAGGUGAGCUGUGGGUGAAGAGUGAGAAGGUCAUGUGUGGGUACAUCAGCGAAGACACACGGGUGGUGUUCCGUUCGACUUCAGCCAUGGUUUAUAUAUUUAUUCAGAUGAGCUGUGAAAUGUGGGAUUUUGAUAUUUAUGGAGAUUUGUAUUUUGAAAAAGCUGUGAAUGGUUUCCUCGCUGACCUCUUUACCAAGUGGAAGGAAAAGAAUUGUAGCCACGAAGUGACCGUGGUCCUGUUUUCUAGGACUUUCUAUGAUGCGAAAUCAAUUGAUGAGUUUCCUGAGACACACCGAGCCUCAAUUCGACAGGAUCAUGAAGGCAGAUUUUAUGAAGAUUUUUACAAGGUGGUGGUUCAGAACGAGAGACGAGAAGAGUGGACAUCGCUCUUAGUGACCAUUAAGAAGCUCUUUGUGCAGUACCCGGUGCUGGUGCGGCUGGAGCGGGCAGAGGGCUUUCCUCAAGGUGACAAUUCUACCUCAGCCCAGGGGAACUACCUGGAGGCCAUUAAUCUGUCAUUCAAUGUGUUUGACAAGCACUACAUCAACCGCAAUUUUGACCGGACGGGGCAGAUGUCGGUGGUCAUCACCCCCGGGGUCGGCGUGUUUGAGGUGGACCGGCUCCUCAUGAUCCUGACCAAGCAGCGCAUGAUCGACAAUGGGAUCGGUGUGGAUUUGGUGUGCAUGGGGGAGCAGCCGCUGCAUGCUGUGCCACUGUUUAAGCUGCAUAAUCGAAGCGGUCCUCGGGAUUCUCGCCUCGGGGAUGACUACAAUAUCCCUCACUGGAUAAACCACAGUUUCUACACCUCCAAGAGUCAGCAUCUGUGUAACAGCUUCACCCCACGAAUCAAGCUGGCGGGAAGGAAGCCUGUGACCGAAAAAGCAAAAAAUGGCCGGGAUACCUCAAUCGGGACCCCAAAGGAGUCGGAGAAUGCUCUGCCCAUCCAGGUGGACUAUGAUGCCUACGAUGCCCAAGUGUUCAGGCUGCCCGGCCCAGCCCGUGCUCAGCGCCUCACCACCUUCAGGUCCGUGAGGGAGCGAGAGAGCCAGGCUCGGAAGAGUUCCAGCUCCUUUGAUGUGUCCUCGAGCCCCUCGGUGCAGAGUCGCACCCUACCCCCAGAGGAGGUGAGGAGCCAGGCCUCAGACGACAGCUCUCUUGGCAAGGGCUCCCACAUCCUGCUUAUCCCUCACACACACCUGCACCAGUAUGACGUCAGCAGCUCCCUGGGCUACACCAGCACACGAGAUGUCCUGGAGAACAUGAUGGAGACCCAGCAGCGGGACUCGAGUGCACCAGGGAGGUUCCAUGUGGGCAGCGCCGAGUCCAUGUUGCACAUCCGUCCCGGCGGCUACACGCCGCAGCGAGCUCUGAUUAACCCCUUUGCGCCAUCUCGCAUGCCCAUGAAGCUGACAUCCAACAGAAGGAGGUGGAUGCACACCUUCCCUGUGGGUCCGUCCGGAGAAGCCAUCCAGAUCCAUCACCAGACCCGCCAGAACAUGGCCGAGCUCCAGGGCAGGGGGCAGCGGGAUCUGACUCACUCGUCUGCGGAGCUGCUGGAGCUGGCAUAUCACGAAGCCGCGGGAAGGCACCUCCCUUCCCGCCAGCCUGGGGAUGGCACGUCCUUCCUGAAUUUCAGUGGAACAAAUGAGUUUUCUGCCCGCCUCAGCCACAGUGGCACAGGAUCCAGGACCCAGAACAAGGAUUCUCUAGAAGACGGCGUAUCUGCCUCUUCAGAUCCAAUGCCAGGCUUCUGUUGCACAGUCGGAGUGGACUGGAAGUCUCUCACUACUCCGGCCUGCCUGCCCCUCACCACCGACUACUUCCCAGACCGCCAGGGCCUCCAGAAUGACUACACAGAAGGCUGUUACGACUUGCUCCCGGAGGCGGACGUGGACAGGAGGGAUGAGGAGGGCAUGCAGAUGACUGCCCAGCAGGUGUUCGAGGAGUUCAUUUGCCAGCGUCUCAUGCAGGGCUACCAGAUCAUAGUGCAGCCAAAGCUGCAGAAGGCCAACCCAGCUGUGGCCCCUCCCCUGAGCAGCAGCCCCCUCUACAGCCGUGGCCUCGUGUCCCGAAACCGCCCUGAAGAGGAGGACCAGUACUGGCUGAGCAUGGGGCGUACUUUCCACAAAGUAACGCUGAAGGACAAAAUCAUCACGGUCACCCGCUACCUGCCCAAGUAUCCCUACGAGUCUGCCCAGAUCAACUAUACCUAUAGCCUGUGCCCUUCCCACUCGGACUCGGAGUUUGUCUCCUGCUGGGUGGAGUUCUCCCAUGAGCGCCUGGAGGAAUAUAAGUGGAAUUACCUGGACCAGUACAUCUGCUCAGCAGGCUCCGAAGACUUCAGUUUAAUUGAGUCGCUGAAGUUCUGGAGGACGCGCUUCCUGCUGCUCCCGGCAUGCGUUACAGCCACCAAGCGCAUCACUGAAGGCGAGGCGCACUGCGACAUCUAUGGGGACAAGCCGCGCUCGGACGAGGAGGAGUGGCAGCUCCUAGACGGCUUCAUCCGCUUCAUGGAAGGCUUGAACCGCAUCCGGCGGCGCCAUCGCUCAGACCGCAUGAUACGGAAAGGGGCUGCCAUGAAAGGCUUGCAGAUGGCCGGCCCCCUCCCUGCCCACUCCCUGGAGCCUGCAGGACCCCCGGUUGGAAAGAAGGGGACGUCUGCCCUCUCAGCUUUGCUGGAGAUGGAGGCCAGUCAGAAGUGCUUGGGAGAGCAGCAAAGCAGUCUGCAUGCUGGCAAGGGCCCCACUCAUCCAGCAGAGAACAGUGGGGUGGCUCUCACGCCCACCUACCUGGACAGUCCUCGAAAGGAGGGGGCCUUCUUUACGGAGUCUGUCCGCAGCCCACGUGUGGCACCGUCCACCUUCUAUCCCCAGGUCUCGGUGGAUCAGAGCACUGCUCCAGCCUUAGAUGGCACCAGCCUGGGCAUCAGCGUGGGCCAGCCUGCGGACAGGGGCAGCGCACAGACUGCUGGGGAGCAGGGCUACCCACCAGCAAAUCCCAGCGAUAGCAGCUCUCAGCAGUUCCCGGCCAGCUCGCUGACAACCGCGUCCACCUUGCUGGAGAUCCUGGAGGCCAUGAAGCACCCCUCGACAGGCAUCCAGCUGCUCUCAGAGCAGAAGGGUCUCUCUGCGUCCUGCUUCAUCAGCGCGGAGGUCGUGCACUGGCUGGUGAGCAGUGUGGAGGGCGUGCAGACCCAGGCCAUGGCCAGUGACAUCAUGCAGAAAAUGCUGGAGGAGCAGCUCAUCACGCAUGCCUCGGGGGAAGCCUUGCGCACCUUCAUCUAUGGCUUCUACUUCUACAAGAUUGUGGCCGACAGGGAGCCCGACCGAGUGGGCCUGCAGCAGCCCGCCACGUGGCACACGGCGGCCAUGGACGACUUCACGGCCUUCCAGAGGAAGUGGUUUGAAGUGGCCUUCGUGGCCGAGGAGCUGCUACACUCGGAGAUCCCCGCCUUCCUGCUGCCCUGGCUCCCCAGCCGCCCCGCGUCCUAUGCCAGCCGGCACAGCUCCUUCAGCCGCAGCUUCGGUGGGAGGAGCCAGGCCGCCGCGCUGCUAGCGGCCACGGUGCCCGAGCAGAGGACGGUGACCCUGGAUGUGGAUGUGAACAACCGCACGGACCGGUUGGAGUGGUGCAGCUGCUAUUAUCAUGGCAAUUUCUCCCUGAACGCAGCCUUCGAGAUCAAGCUGCACUGGAUGGCGGUGACGGCCGCGGUGCUCUUUGAGAUGGUUCAGGGUUGGCACCGGAAGGCCACUUCCUGCGGCUUCUUGCUGGUCCCAGUUUUGGAAGGCCCGUUUGCCCUGCCCAGUUACCUGUAUGGAGAUCCACUGCGAGCUCAGCUGUUUAUCCCGCUCAACAUCAGCUGCUUGGUGAAGGAGGGCAGUGAGCAUCUGUUUGAUAGUUUUGAACCAGAAACUUACUGGGAUCGUAUGCAUCUCUUCCAGGAAGCCAUUGCUCACAGGUUUGGAUUUGUGCAAGACAAAUACUCUGCUUCUGCCUUCAACUUUCCUUCAGAAAACAAGCCACAGUACAUCCAUGUCACAGGGACCGUCUUCCUGCAGCUGCCCUACUCCAAGCGCAAAUUCUCAGGCCAGCAGCGGCGCAGACGCAACUCAACCAGCUCCACCGGCCAGAACAUGUUCUGUGAGGAGCGUGUGGGCUACCACUGGGCCUACAACACCAUGCUGACCAAGACAUGGCGCUCCAGUGCCACUGGGGACGAGAAGUUUGCCGACAGGCUACUAAAGGAUUUCACCGACUUCUGCGUCAACCGUGACAACCGCCUGGUGGCAUUUUGGGCCAGCUGUGUGGAGAAAAUGCAUGCCAGCGCUCCCUGAGGGGCCUGGAGCAGGGGUCUAGGCAGUGCCAUGGGCACACGCUUGGGCACCAAGCUGCCAAGGAGGCCGGGGGCUGCCCCGCUGUGUGCCAUGAGGUGGCUAGUGCAAAAGCUUUGGGGGGUCUCCCUUGCCUAAGGGGGUGUAGAUAAUUCUGUGAAAUAAUGUAUAAUAUAUCAACAUUAGUUGUACAUAUGUGUAAAUAUGGAAGAGGAAUAAAAAUCUAAUGCAG